AUGGUGGUACUGGACUUGGUUGAAAGGUCUGAACUAACGGACCUAGAAGAGAAGCUGCGAGAUGCUAACGCAGAGCUGGUGCAGUUGCGGGCUGCUUCCUCAGAUCUGGAAGCUAAGGUUCAGGAAUCCGAGAAUUUAAAGUGUGUUUUGUUCGUAAGUGUUCAUCUUUUGAAAGCGAGCCUCAUCGAAUACGAAGAGCGAUACGAGAUGUGCAAGCGUGAGAACCAGGAGACCGUGGCCCAACUUGAGCGACUUUCUGGGGAGUUUGAAAGGUUGAAAUCUGGUUUUGCUGACGUUCGUGAACAAAAUAAGGAAGCUGAUGUGUCCGGCGAAGUAGACCGUCUCCGUACUGCUCUAGAACAGGCAAAAACAGAUCGUGAUCGCCUUCGUGCUGACGUCGAUCGCUUCCGCUCCACUGUAGAAGGCAUUGACACAGAACUGGACAUGCUUAGGUCAUCCAACCGAAAUCUUUGUCAGGAGAACGAAAAAAUGGCUGCCGUCAUUGAUCGCUACACCAAAUCGCUAAAUGAUGCAAUUCAAAGAAGUGAGAUGUCUCUUGAUGACAGUGAUGCGCAGGGCAGCUCGUCCUUGAGCGAGGUCCAGUCAGCUGCCGUCGACAAUUUGCACCGUGAGCUGCGUGAAGAGGUCACCAUGCUACAAGAGCGAAACAGGUUGCUUUCUGAAGAGUCGAAGUUAUUAGCUGAGGUCAAUGCUCAAAUGAAGAAACAGGAGGAAACAGAUCAAAAGAAAACACAACUUCUGGAAGAAAAAAUUUCACUUUUGGAAGAGCACAGGGAAGAGCUGCAGACAUCUCUAAAAGCUCUUCAGGAGAAGGUCGAUGAUAAUCAGCGAAAUCAGAAUCCACCUCCUCAAGACAAUGUGGACGAGGUUUCGGCUCUUACUGCUCAGUUACGUGAAGCCUUGGCAGCAAAUGCGGAGAAGACGGAGGAAUGUGAAAAGCUCCGACAGCAGACAGAUGAUUUGGAAAAGGAAGUCACGAUUUUGGAAAAGGAUCGCUCGCUGAAUACGAUGAGUGAGGAGUUGAAUCGAAAACAGCCGGAGUAUGUCCACCCUGACUCUCAUCUAGAACAACUGGAAUGCUCCUCCGAUCACUCCAAGCUGGCUUAUAGUGAUGAGCUUCUCACUGCUUCCACGUUAGAGACUUCCGACUUGGCGCAGCAAUCAUUUUCUGCUCAAGAGGUUGAUCAAGAAAAGGAAGAGCUUUCUGAACGGAUAGAACGCCUUGAGGAGGAGUGUACUCAACUGAAGGAGGCUCUUGCCAACGCCGGAAAGCAACUGAGUGAAAAGAUGAGUUUUGUGGAUACGGUGACAGCAGAGAAUGAGCAACUUCGACAGCUACACAGUUCGGUUGUCCAAAUCUCGAGAAUUUUUCUCAGAGAACGGGAAUCACGCGAGAAGAUGUCUCGAGAAUUGCAAAGGCUCAAGGAACACCUUUUACUUGUUGAAGAAACGUCAACCGUAGAAGCGGUGGAAGCUGAGAAACGAGAAACAGAACUGAGAGAGCAGAUUCGACGUUUGCAGAGUACGGUUGCCGCCACUGACACCGACGCUGCAAAAACGACGCAAUCUAUGAAGAACGAAUUAUCUUCAUUGCAAGAACGGGUUGUUAUUGCGGAAGAGUCGGCUGUAGACUGGAGAUCUCGUUAUGAAGCGGAAAAACAGGAUCUAGAGGUUCAGCUGGAAGAGGCUAGAGCGUCAUCACGACAGUCAGCUGAAAGUUAUCGCAUUGAUGAUGUCACGUUGCGCCAGCUGUUUCUAAGUUACUUCACUGCAGCUCCAGAUAAGCGCGCGGAUAUCGCCCUUCUACUGGCAAGUAUUCUUCAGUAUCCGCCCGAAGACGUUCAUAAG